AUGAGAGGUAGGGAGGGUGGCGUCGCACAGCAAGACGUGCAGCAGCGUCGCGCGUUGGCCCACUGGGAGCGAACAGUGGCGUCAGCAUCAGCAGCAGGGGCAGGGACAGCGCCAGAGGUGAGGUCAAAGAGAGAGAGACUGUCUGCCCUAUCGCACUGUCGGGCGGCUCGGAAGAAGGGCGGCUCGGAUGCUGGGCUGCUCAGCGGCUCGGCUGCUCUGCGGAUCGGCCGCUGGGCUGCUCGGCGGUUCGGCUGCGGUUCGGCUGCUGGGCUGCUCGGCAGCUCGCCUGCGGCUCGGCUGCUGCAGCAGGUGACGGGCCGGGAUAGGCGGCGCACGGGCGGCGAAGAGCCGGGACAGGCAGCGUGGGGGCUGGGGCGGGUACCCGCACGGUCGGCGUGGGGCUGGGGACGGCGGCGCGCGGCCGGGACGAGCAGCGCACAGGGUGGCGUGGGUUCGGGUACGAGCGGCACACGGGCAUCGACGGGCUGGGGCAGCGGCGCGCGGCCGGACGGGUGGCGCACGGGUGUCGACAGGCCGGGGCAGCGUGGGGCCGGGACGGCGGCGUGGCGGGCGGCGUGGGGCCGGGGACGGCGGCGCACGGCGGGGACGGGCGGUGCACAGGGGCGGCGUGGGGCCGGGACGGGCGGCGCACAGGCGUCGACGGGUCGAGGCAGUGGCGCGCGACCAGGACGGGCGGAGACCUCCCCCGCUCUGCUGUGGACAGGGAAGGUUGGCGAUGCGUCGGCGUUCCGGUUCUACCACCCCACCUCUCGCCGUGUUCUGUCCUCCCAGGACGUCACGAUCGACGAGUCGGUCCCCUACUACCGCCUCUUCCCCUACCGCACUCCGUCCCUCCCCCGGCCCCCACUCUUCCUUGUACCAGGUCCCCCCCUGGUAGACCCCCUCCCCCCUCAGGGUCCUGCCCCUUCAGGUGUGUCACAGGUAGACGCGGUCGAGCCUGUCGAGGUCACUGGUGACUCUGGUGCUGCUGAGGGUGCUGAGCCUAGGGGUGCUGAGACUGGGGGGGUACUGAGCCUGGGGGUGCUGAGCCUGGGGGUGCUACGCAUGGGGGUGCUGGAGGUUCUGGAGCUGCUGGAGGUGCUGCUGGAGCGGGUGCUCCUGCUGGGGGUACUGAGUCGGGACUCUCUUCGUGCUGCCAGUCCUACUGUCACGCGUCUCCUUGCUACUGUCGUCACUGACCCUUGUUUCGAGUCUUCUGCUGCGUCUGCCCUCGUUACUGAGCUCGUCGACUUUGCUGCUCACUGUCGCCUAGACUACGCUGCUAGUCUUGUCGCUGAGUCUGCGUCUGUCUGUCCUCAGUCCGUCGGGGGUGAGUGUGCCCUUGGCACGGACGUCCUUGACGACAGGCAGGAGAAGUUCCAGU